UUGGAAAAUUCCCUCGCAUUGGGUGUCGUUUGGAAAAAUCUCCCACUGUAGCGUGAAUGAAGCCCUCUGAUAAAAACAACUGUGAAAAUGUAAACACGCCACGGUGGAUUUCGGCGGCCAAAAGCGGGUGGGAAAACGACCUCAAUUCCUUCGAAAUGCACACGCAGCAGAGCGAUGGUUAAGUACACGCAAGUGGUUCUCCUGCGACUUUUCGCUAUCUGCCUAUUCACCGUUAUCGUGGUGAUCCUGCUCAGUGGUGGACUUCCGACCGGUUCGGAUACCUGCCAGUGCGAAGAGCAUGAACGAUUUCAUAAGACCUUCCGCCUUGAGCAGUACGACCAAAAUAGGAAAAAGCUAGCAUUGUUGGUCCCGUUCCGUGAUCGUUUCGACGAACUUCUUCAGUUUGCGCCACACAUGGCCACGUUUUUGGAAAAGCAAGGUGUUCCGUUUCACAUAUUUGUGGUGAACCAAAAUGAUCGGUAUCGAUUCAACCGAGCAUCGUUGAUCAAUGCCGGCUUCCUGGAGGUCCGGGAUCGUUUCGACUACUUUGCUAUGCACGACGUCGAUCUGCUGCCACUGAACGACAACCUGCGCUACGAGUACCCCGAUAAAGGGCCUCUACACAUAUCGGGCCCCGAGUAUCACCCAAAGUACCACUAUUCCAACUUUAUCGGCGGAAUACUGCUGCUCAAGAUGGAGCACUAUGUCCAGCUAAACGGCAUGUCUAACCGUUACUGGGGCUGGGGCCUGGAGGACGAUGAGUUUUUCGUGCGCAUACAGGACGCCGGUCUUAAGGUGUACCGUUCGAAAAACAUAACGACCGGAACGGACAAUACGUUCCUCAAUCUGCACGAUCGGCUGAAACGAAAGCGAGAUACUACGAAAUGCUUUAACCAGUAUGAGAGUACACGGAAACGGGAUCGGAAUACGGGACUGAAAACGCUAAAUUACUCAAUCGCCGGUCGCCGCGAGCUUACCAUCGAUGGUGUUCCCGUGACUGUCCUCAACGUGGAUCUGUUCUGCGACAAAGCAGAUACUCCGUGGUGCGAGUGCUGACGGUAACGGUCGAGAGAAAGGACGAUAGCGAGCAGGGAAAUCGAAAUUUUAAUACCAUAAAUGGGGUUUUAGCCGUUUUUAUUAAAUAAACCACCUCCGACUGAUUUAGAUCACUUUGA